AUCGUUCAUUGCCCGUGGUCCAACUGCGUAGUCCAACUACCAGUCCAGGACCAGGGGCAAAAAACUUAACGUGACUGUGAACUGUGACCCUUCUGGAAACGGUCUUGUAGUGUGACAUUCGAUUAAUUUUAAAUCGAUUCUCUACUGAUAAAAUACAUAUUCAUAUAAUUACCGGUAACGGUAAAUAUAAUUUAGAACAACACUAGCAAAUCAAAUACGCAGUUUUCUUUCUUUGUUUGCGUGUGAGUGAUUAAUUUGAAGUUGAUGCUGUGACGCAGGAAACAUAUUCGUGUUUUGAUAAUACUGUAUUUUGUUUACAUCGCAUUGGGCAAUGGCUGAAGCGCCGCCUAGCGAGCCAAUGCCCUGCUCCAGUGAGAGCACGGAGCCCAUGCUGGAAACGGAGGCCGCCGACACAAAAGAUGACGAGGGCCCAUCUGCUAAGAAGCGUAAAAUGAUCUCGGAGAGAGAGACCUCGGACAAACUUGAGCACAGACUGGGAGGAAUUUUGUGCUGCGCCGUGUGCCUGGACCUGCCCCAGGCGGCCGUCUACCAGGUAUUCUUAAAACAGCUGAUAUUGUCACGCGCUCAUCAGCUGUUUUGCCAAAUAUUUUCACUGGCUUUCAUUACCUGUGUUCAUAAAUCACAAUUGAAUUGGCCAAUGUAUGGAUGUACACAGAAACAGCGGCGCCGGUCCCCGCGGUCCCCCCGGUCCCCCGGCCGCCCGGCCCCACUGACCGCGCCGCUUCGCAGGCUGACGGGCUGCCAGUUCGCGGUCAUCGGCUGCGGCUGGCGCGGGCCGGCGCACGAGGCGCGCGCGCACGAGGCGCAGUGCGCGCACCCGCUGCGCUCGGCCGCCGACGUCGUGCCCGUGCUGGCCGAGCGCGACGCGCAGCGCGGCCGCGCCAGCGCCGUCUACACGCAGCUCUUCGAGCUCUUCUCCUACGAGAAGAUCACCAUCAACGACCUGCAGCUCAAGCCCUACCGGACGGAGGAGUUCGUGCACAAGCUGUACUACGAGACGUCGCGCUUCUCCGCCUUCGGCCAGCAGUGGGUGGUGAAGGCGUUCAUCAACAAGAACCAGAGGGACCCCACGCAGAGCUCGCAGCGGGAGAUCACGUACCAGCUCAUCCUGAAGAGCAAGUCCAUGGCGGCGCUGGGGCUGCAGUGGGUGUGGCUGCGCGGGCCCUACGGCGAGGCCGCGGUGCGCGCGCGCAUCGCGCACCACACCUUCAGCGAGGACGCGGCCGACGCGCCGCCGCUGCCGCUGCCGCUGCUGGACGCCGCCGACACCAACCGCCUGCUCUCCAACAAGGCCAUCCACUUCAGGCUGAUCAUGUUCCUGACGUCCAAGUGAUCCGCGUCGAGCGACGGGCUUCUGCUGCGAUCGCUCGCUACCAAAGACCGACGCGACACCUUCUGCACACCUCGCUCUCCUACUGCGUACAUUUGCUGCAAUUUAUCAAUUACGCACCGGCCGAGGAAUACCGAAACGACGUCUUCUAAAGUUUGUUGCGACGUCACUGCGAUUGAACGGCCACGCGACCGAUCCUACGUGGCGGGACGCCUAGCGACUUUCUAUCCAAGAAUCGGCUCGGCAAUUCCUGUAGAAUCAUCUCUAUGCCAAAUUACUGAGUAACUCUGAAAAUGAAAACUGGCUUAUGUCGCGGGCGUUACGGUCGGAUUGAAUUUUCAACAUUUCUUUUAGCCUAAUUAAAAAGGCGGUCGUAAAUUUUGGUGGGACGUGGCAAGUGUUUGAGAUUAUAUUAUUGAGUACAAAGUUAGAUUUAUCAGGAGUCGGUAGCCGUAAGCGUGGCCGUGACGUGAUUUAGGUUAAAUUAGAGUAGUUUUUGGCUAAAACACUACUUACACUUUUACAAUGUAGGCAGGGCACUCAGCAUGGGGCGUUUGCUAGAGAAGGAUGCAGUUAUACAAUAGAGAUUUUACUUUCAAUGCCGUGGAAGGCGAUUGUCCUGUUAACAAACGGGGAGACCAAGUAAUGGCUGUAUCAUUAUUGCCAACAUAACGAAAAUAUUGGGGACCGCCAUCGCCAGUUCCCAUUCCCAUUUGGGAAUAUUUGAGGAAUAUCGUAAAAAUAGUACCUUUUUCAGAUUGAUCUGCUACAAUAAGAUAAUGCUAACAAAGCUAGUGAUAACAUUGUGUUGACAACUCGAAAUUUAGGUCUAUAGGAGUUUUUAUUAACUUAUUCUUUAAAAUAGACAUAAUAAUGCAAGUUAUUUGAUUAAUCAUUGAUCAUGUGUGGGGAUGUACAUGUUUGAUCCCAUAUUGAUCACGUUGUGUGUGUGUAUGUGUGUGAGUGCGCGUGCGCGUGUGAUCGACUGACGAGUUUCACGGCCAAAACACGUUAGUACGAAGACUCUUGACAGAAUGGUCAAAUAAUCGAUUAUUCAAUAUAACGAAUGUUCAUUAGGUCGAACUUCACUUAGUCGAACGUUCAGCACAUUGAUGGUUUACUACGUCCAUUAUUUAUUAGGUCGAUGGUUCAUUGGUGCGAAAAUGAUAGAUUUUAUUAUAAAAAAAAAUUGGUAUGUUACAAGGGAGUGACAUAUUUUAUUUAUUAUCUAAACAUAUUUUUCAAAUAAUCCUUUGAAUACAUAUUUUUGCUCAUAAAGCGACAUAACUCACAUUUAUUUGAUUAUUAUUAAGACCUUUAGAAAUGUACCUUCCUAAUUAUGUAAGAUUUUUUUUUCUUAAUUAGGAAGUUUUUAUUUCAGUAACAAUAUGUAUUUUUAGACGUAUCUUUUAAUACAAGAAAAUACCUUAAAUUAAUCCAGUAACGUGGACAUUAAUGAACCAUCGCACAAUCAAUCUGUCAUAUAAACGUUAUUGGUAAUUGAAUAAUAGCAUUGACCUACCAAUAAAAUCGUCUUUACGAAUAAAAAGAAUAAUAGACAUAUUGCACUUAUGGGUUUCGUCCUGACGUAGGAAACCCAACGGCGACGUUGACAGACCUUAUUACCAACUCUUUCUCUCUUGUAUUAAUUUAAAAGUCCACGAUGUAUCAAUCCAUAAUUACCUUCUCACUACUGUACAAACUACUUAGGUCAAGGGAAACUUAGAGAAAAAUAUUGAACCUGGCGGAAUAUUAAUUUACAUUUAUUGAUCUCGGCGCCAUCGACAGUAGCAGACAGAAAUUUGCAAUUCAUGGA